UUAUCCACAAUCUUCCUCUUCCCUUCAUAACAAACGUGCCGAUAAAAAAUCUAAAGAAUUUAAACAUGUCUUACUAAUUUCAAUUGACGGCCUUCAUCAAAAGGAUGUUGAUGUAUUUACAAAAGCUAACCCGGGUUCUAAUCUUGCAACUAUUCUUAAAAAUUCCGUAUAUUUCACAAAGGCCAAAGAUGCUUUGCCAACUGAUUCUUUCCCUGGUCUUUUGGCUCAAUUAACUGGUGGUUUACCAAAAACUACUGGUGUUUGGUAUGAUGAUUCAUGGGAUGGUACUUUCUUUGCUCCUGGAUCUGACUGUAAAGGAAAACCUGGUCUGAAUGUGCUCUGGGAUGAGUCACUUGAUGUAAACAAAACAGUUCUUAACACUACCGUUAAUCAAGACCUACUUCCGUUACGAAUUGAUCAUGGUAAAUGUGUAAAAGUUCAACCAUGGGAAUAUCUUCGUGUUAAUACUGUUUUUGAGGUUGCAAAGAAACAUGGUCUUAAAACUGCUUGGGUUGAUAAGUUACCUGCAUACUCGAUCAUUAAUGGUCCUUCUGGAGAAGGUGUUGACGACUUUUAUGGUCCAGAAAUUGCUAGUUUAACAGAUAAAGCAAACCUUACAUUCGUUAAGCCAUACGAUGAUAUUCACGCGCAAUCCAUACUCAAUUGGAUUGAUGGCAAAUCACAUGAUGGUAAACCUUUCUGUGUUCCUAAUCUAUUCGGUGGUAAUUUCCAGUCCCUCAGUGUGGCUCAAAAAUCUUCGUCAGUUAUAUCUGGACUUGUUGGUGGUUAUGCUGAUGCUGAUGCUACUCCGGAAGAUUUAGUUAAAGAUGCUUUUAACCAUGUAGAUGGUAUUCUUGGAAAAUUUGUCAAUGAAUUAAAGGCAAAAAAUUUACUUGAUGAUACAAUUAUCAUCAUUUCCGCAAAACAUGGUCAAUCUCCUAUUGAUCCUAAAUUAUUUAAGAAAAUCGAUCCACAACUUUUAAAUGACACAAUUGGUGCUGAUAAACUUAACCAGAUAACAUCAGAUGAUGUUGCACUUAUUUGGUUAAAAAAUCAUUGUGAUUCAAAAGCCGCUGCAGAAAGUCUUUCAGCUAAAAAAGAUGCUCUUGGUAUUGCAGAAAUAUUUGAAGGCGAGUCACUUAAAGCAGAAUUUGGCUGUGAUCCAAAUACUGAUACUCGAUGCCCCGAUAUUGCUAUCAGAGUCACACCUGGUAUUAUAUACACCACUUCGAACAAAAAAAUUGCCGAACAUGGUGGUUUCAAUGAAGAUGAUUAUCAUGUUCCAAUUAUAGUUUAUAAUCCUUGUAUUGACGAAAAAGUUGUUGCCGAUGCUGUUGAAACUCGCUACAUUGCACCCUUCAUUCUUUCCGCUCUUGGAUUGGAACCGAACGAGUUACAAGCUGUCGUCAAAGAAAAAACUCCCACUCUUCCAGUUUUUUAG